CGAUAGGUACGACCCAGAGGUCCUCUCUCUCUCGGUGCCGAACUGGGAUACCGCCGGGACUAGUUGACGGACACAGACAGCCAUGGCGCCACGGACCGGAGCGGCCCUGUUCUGCUGCCUGCUGAUCGCGGGCGGCUCGGCCUCGCUGGCCGACUCAGUCGGCGAGAGCAAAUUCAUCACGGAGCCGCAGGACGCUGUGGUGGCGCCCGGCGGCCGCACUCAGCUCGACUGCGAGCUCAUCGACGGCGACGUGUGCUCCUGGCGCAUCGACGGCACCCACCUGGGCGUCGACCACUUCUACAACGUGGACCCGCCGGCGCAGGUACACGCGCUGUUCCCGGACCACGAGCGGGUGUGCAGCAUCGUCAUCACCGACAUCGACUGGCGCUACGACGGCUACUGGACGUGCUGGCCGCUGGGCGAGUUCUCGCACUACAGCUCGCGUGCCGCGCGCGUCACCGUCUCAGGUACCCCGAUAACAACGGAGCCGCCGACUGCGGAGCCGACGUCCCAGGCGCCUCCGGAGCCUUCCACCACUCCGCCGGCUCCCGAGACCAGCACCCCUUACCAGCCGACCACGACCCCCUACCAGCCGACCACGACCCCCUACCAGCCGACCACGACCCCUUACCAGCCCACCACCACUCCGUACCGCCCUUCGACGACCAUCGGCCCGGACCCAGACUUUGUGUGCCCGACGCCUUUCGGUCUGUUCGCCGACCCGCGCGACGACAGCUACUUCUACUUCUGCGAGGAGGGCCACCCCAUCCACCUGCAGUGCGAGUACCCGCUCCACUGGGACGACGUGCAGAAAAAGUGCGACUAGCCGGCGGACGCUGCCGACCGGCUGCAUGCAGCGUUCAAGUGGAACGAGAGCCGAUGGGGAUACCAGGAUAUGCGGCAGAGCUGGCUCAACAUUGGUAGUAGUGUGUCCAAACCAUCUGAUAAUUGUUUUUGAAGCCGAAAUAAACAUGAAAAUAUCACG